CCAGCAGCAAAUAUGGGCACUCUGCUCAAGUGCUACAGACCCUCUUCUCUCUCCAUCUCGGAAUGCACCGUUUCACCAACCUCAAACGGAGAAUCCGUUGCCUCAGCGCCACGACUAAUUCAACCAAUUCUGUUGCCGGCGAAUCGGAGAUGCCGGCGUCGUCGUCGGAGCUCUGGCUGCACAACACAAUGAGCAGGAAGAAGGAGCUGUUUAAGCCCAAAGUUGAAGGCAGAGUCGGCAUGUAUGUGUGUGGCGUUACGGCUUACGAUCUCAGGCAUAUUGGCCACGCUCGCGUCUACGUCACUUUCGACGUUCUCUACAGGCAGAUAUCUUAGGCAUUUGGGAUAUGAGGUCACCUAUGUUCGAAAUUUCACAGACGUUGAUGACAAAAUUCUGCAGCAGCUGAAAGAAAAAGCCUUGAAGCGUGCAAAAUUAACAGAAGAUCAAGUAUUGCAGAAAAUCGAGGAAAGAAAUUCAGCAAGUAAGAACAAAGAGUAUGAAAAAUCAGAUACAAUAAGGAAAUUCAGCUGCUGUUGGAAUCAAUCUUAUGGACAACCCAGAUGGGACAACAUGGAGACCAGCUGUACCUCUUGCAAUUCAACAGCAGCUGCAGGUGGCAUCUUCUUGAUUGGCUUCUGGUCAAUAUACGGUACAGAUUAGGUCUACAAUCUCUUCACAAAGGAUUCGAAAAAAAAUAGGAUUGUUCACGGUUGUGAAUUCUUGUUCAGGUGUGAUAGCGGUAGGGAGAAAUUUUUUUAUAGCGUUUGAUUAAGUUUUGGCAGCCAUCUGUAGUUCCAAUUCAAUACUGUGAAUUUCUUAGACG